ACCUUCUCCUAUAGUAACCUGAAACCAAACAUAAACAACAUCAGCCAUCUUCUAAAGUUUUUAAAAACUCCGAUCAUGUCUCUCUUCACGUCCUUCUUUGGUUGCUUCGUUCCGAAAUCCGGCUCAAGGAUUAGCUCAGACGAUGGUAGUACUAGUAACUCGAAAGUCAUGUCUCUGGAGAAAGCAAAAAGAAAAGCUGAUGAUACUUGGAGAGCUCCGAUCAUAGUGACUUAUUUUCCAGUAGGUUCGAAUCUUUCCCGUUUGUAAGAGAAUAAGAUAAGAUGAACCUGGGACCUUGACAUAUUUUGCAAGGCUCUGUUCUUUUGUUCCCCUUGUUUGUUUGAUAAUGUAUAAAUUGUAAUAGAUCUACCGGUUAUAUUUGAUAAAAACAUAUAUAUUGAGGCUAAAUAAAAGUUUAAACGUUUACAAAAAUGAGAAAACACAUUAAAACUUGAUUGUAAAUGUAUUAUUUUUUGUAAAUAAUAAUUUUUCAUAAUUUUUAUUCAAUAGAAAUUCAAUAAACACCAUUAACUUUUUUAAAAUUUAUAAAUUGAGUAUUAAUCAACAUCAAGAGGUGCGAGUGUGAGUGUUCAUGCAUAGAUAGAUAUUUUGGGAGAAAUCCAAAACGGUUCAUCUGCAUAUAAUCAAUGAUUUAAGAUAGUAUGUUAAAAUAGGAGUGAGUCAUCAAUUAUUAAUUAAUACAUUAAAUGCAAAUGGUGGGGUAGCAAGAAUAUUUAUUUAAAAAAAAAAACUCAUUCCGCUAGAAAAUAAAUAGUU